UCUAUCUGUAAUGCGCUGUGAUAUGAGAGCAGUGUAGGCGGAGUAGAUAGCAUUGCUGUUACUAAUUGGCAUGCCAGGCCGGUCAUUAGGGAGCAGAGUGCAGGAGGGGAUGAGCCUGUCUUCAUUGGUUUCUGGUUGUGAUUUAUGUAGGGGAGGUGUGGCCAGUGUAUAAAGCUGAGAGUAUAAGAGCCCAGUACCUGGUUGCACCUUUGCAGAGCCCACUCUCUGGUUGCACAAUGCAGAGCACAGUCCCUGGUUCACAAUUCAGCCCUUACUUUCAGAGCGCACUCCCUUUUGGCACAACUCAAGAGUCUUGUGCUGGGUAUUGCAGGUCCAAUUGGUCCAGUUUAGCCAUAUAUCAGCUGGUCACUAUUUGGGCCAGUGUGACCAUAGAUGGUCCAGUUCCUAUUACCCAGUGUAGCCAUAGAUUGCCUACGACCCUUGGGGAUAGUGUUGCUAUAGAUGGCCCACUCCUUGUUUGCCCAUUGUGACCAUAGAUUGCCUAAUCCCAUUGGGACAGUGUCACCGGACAGUCCACUUGUGGCCAUAGAUGGCCUGGUCCUUGAGUGGCCAGUGUGACUGUAGAUUGCCUUGGCCCUGGUAGGACAGUGUAGCAUAUACCCUUUUGACCAAGCAUGGCCAUAGAUAACCGAAGACUUCUUGUGACCAGUGUAGCUAAAUAUCAUACACUGUCUCUGGUGGCCCAUCUUGCCCUAUAGAGUGUAGCCUUUGGUGGCACAGAGGCAUUACUUACCUCCUCUUAUGCCCCUCAUGAGACUCCACUUCCUCCCCUGCAUUAAACUCUUCCAGACAAUCAGAAAUUAAUGCAGGACAAGUAGCUGAUCAAUGUGAUCAGUAGUACAGACUGGUAGUGAUCAACUUUCUUCUCCUACUAAGGAACGUCUGAGAACAGGUCCAUGACCCAGAUGGGGCAGUCACUGAUCUAUUCCCUUAGAUUGGCGUACUUGGGGAGGAGGUGUAGCUUGGCUCAUUUCCGCUCCAUUAGCCUUCUUGUGGCUGGAAGAUUGAGGCAGAAUUAAUAAGGGUCUUCAAGAUCUCAAGCAAAUAUUAUUAACCUUUUAUUUAUAAUGUUACGAGGUGUGCACAGCACUGUACAGCGAUAACAACCUGGCCUCCAAUAUGGAGGACUGACAGCCAUUAUGAGCUGUGUGCAGUAGAAAUCAAGGCUUCCAAAGAAAGGGACAUCUGAGUUGAAGGCAUCUGGGAAGGUGCUAUAAGCAUUAAGGUUGCCAGGUCUUUAACUCUGUAUGCUCACAAAAUGAAUAUGUUGGAUGGUCGUUUUACUUUAGGGGUGCUCCUAGCGUAAAGGAUGUCUUAGGCAUCCUCUUUUAAUGAGGAUUACCAUUUUUAGAGGGGUUGUCCCAGUUCUUCGUCCCCUAGACUAGUUUAUCUGUGCAGUGCUCUCCAAGCUUCAGCUGUCCCUACUUUUACUGGGUCCAUGGUAGAAGAGCUGGCUGAGAGCCACAGGGAAUGAUGCACUGAUAGACAUGAGAGGCAGUUCCUGAUUGGACAUUUAGUGAAUGCAUGUUCAUGAAUGUUGGUUCAGCCACAAAAUGGCUGCCUCCACUAAGUCGCAGUUAGCCUUUUAAGCAGACUUCCUGCUAUGCUUACAUCCCAAUAAUGACCUCUCGUUAUGUAGGCAAUCUUAAUUAAAUUCCAUAUCGCCAGUCUUUAGUCUAAAUACAUUGUGUCCUGCACCUUCAUGCUCUCAUCGCCUGCCUGACACCUCCGGUGCAAUCUUGUGACGCAACUGACGAUCAGGCACUUAUCACGUUCCCCCAGAUUCUUGUCCAGCCAUAGAACUGACCCGCGUGUGCAGGGAAACAAGCAGGCAGUUGUGUUCAUUCUACCACUCUGCACCAAUCACAACCCGUGCAGUUCCUCUUUCCAGUACUGAUACGGACCAGAGUGUGCUAGAAGCACCAGAGCAGAGAGUGACACUCCAGAGGGGAAAGUGGAACUGCACGGGUUGUGACAGGUGCAGGGUGCUAGAAUGGACACUUGUCAGUCUACAAACAUGCUGAAAUCCUAAAUGGACAAUAAUUGUGAAUACUUAGCAGAUGGACAGCAAGCGAUGUAGAAAUGAAGAUGACGUAAAGCCAUCGCAGGAUUUGCAGGGUGAUGUUCGGAGGGAUGUGAGAGCCGAGAAUGGCCAGGAGACAUAUGUGAGGAUUAAGGAGGAGGAAAUAUCCACAGAUAUCAGCACAGGCUCCAUGGACCAGGGACCUCAGCAGCGGACCAGGGCUAACUCAGCAAUGCACCGAGAGUACGAAGAGGCCCCUCCAGCAAAGAAACGGGCAUCCUUCACACGCCGCUCUGGCUCCUCUGGACGGCAGCCCAGGGGGAAGGCGGCAGAGGCAGCAGCGCGCAUCACUGCCAGUGUGCCGGAACCAGAGGCCGCUGGACGUGACCAGGGAACGUCCGGUGCUGAAGAUCCAGAUGGGGCCAGUAACAGGAAUACCCCAGAGAGAUGUCCCCGUCCUCUUUAUUCCCAGGACCAUACAGAGGAGAAUCACACUGUCCCCCAGGAUUACCAGGUUGAAGACCUGAGUGAUUUCAAUAUUGUUAUUAAAGAAGAGAUUAAGGAGGGGAGGGCAAUUAAGGAAGAGGAAAUCCCUAUAGAUAUCAGCACAGGAAGCUGGCGGCAAAGAGAGAGAGGGGUGACCAAGAUGGAUCUGGAGAAGCUGGCCAGCGCCAUGCAGCUGCACCCAAACCUGUUUGACUCCUCCCACCCCCUCCAUUACAAUAAGUACAAGAGGGACGAGAGCUGGGAAUCCAUUUGCAGGGCCCUCGUGCCCAAUUGGGAGUUCAUGAGCAAGCUGGAGAAGAUUGAGAAAGACAGAGAGUUGCACGUGAAGUGGCGGUCACUUAAGGAUCGCUUCCGGAAAGAUCUGCAGGCUAUCACAUCUGCUCCAAGUGGCUCAGUACCAAAGAAGAUACACACUCACCCUCUGUUUAAACAAUUGAUGUUUCUGAAGCCAAGUAUGGAGCUCCGUGGGACUUCAGGCAGAGAUGAGUCCACCAAUGCGUCGGGCAGUGUGGAGGAUGAUGCCAUGAUCGCCUCAGAAGGAGAAGCGCAGAGUGUUUCAGGACUGUCGACAGACGAUCCGCCUACUUCCACAGUGGAAGCAGAAGUGCCGUCUCCUCACGUCCCGCCCCCCAGGCCGCCGGUCGCACGCUCACAGAGGAAAAAUAAGAAACGGAUCGUAGACACGGACGUCCACACGGCUGCGCUGGUCAAUAUUAUUGACAGCUUGAAGAGCCAGUUACAGGGCUACAUAGAGAAGCAAAGGGUGGCCACCCUGCCGCCCCCAAAAGACGAGGACGAGGCGUCCAUGUUUUGCAAAAGCCUGAUAGGGAAUGUACGGAGUGUAGCCCCGGACCGACUGCUAAAUUUGAAAAUUUCAAUGAUGAAUUUAAUUCACCAUCAUCUCAGUGCCCCUUAUCCCCCGCCAACGUAUCCACUGUACUCUCCGCCUAGCCACCCUUCCUACGGCACUCAUUUCUAUACACACAACAUGAGCCAGCAGAAUUAAUCACCCUUAUUACAGUAGGUGGCCCGCCUUUAGCUGAACCCUACUCCCAACUGUACAGGUCGCACUCUUACCCCUACCCCCGUCAUUCUCAUAGCGUAGCUCCUGUGGAUAAACCGCCCCUGGGAGAGUCCAUUGAUGCUAUCUGCUGCCCCACCCGUCUUGUUAUCAACAUCAACUGUAAUACACAUCUCCCUAGGUGAUUAUUUUUCUAUAACGCUUACGUGCCUCUGCAAACAUGGCUCUUUUUUAGAUAUACAGUAUUUUAUUGCAUAACCAACGGUGGUCACUUAUCUAGGGGAUUGACGACUAUGCAGUGACCUCUGUAGACCCUACCUACCUCUCUGGAUUCUCAUCUGAAGUCUAAUAUGCAAUUUCAGGAGAAUGUACUGUAUUUUGUGAACACUGGUUGGCAAAAUCUGCACUAUUUUUCAUAUACACUAUAUACUGCAGUUCCUGUGUAAGAUAAGUUAUCAGUGGAGAACGUCAGACGACACGGUGCAGUUCGUAAACUCUAUUCAAAAUUUUAAUAUUGUGUGGAAAAAUUUUUUUAUAACUAACCUUCGAAAGUAUCCCCUUGACCAGGUGUUCUAUAUUUUUUACUAUGCUUAUGUAAUAAGAGGGGAAAACACAUAUACAGUGUAUAUACAACAAAACCACGAGUCUAUUAUGAAUUGUGUUGUACGUUUUCCGCAGCAGAGAGUGCGUAGAAUUCAGAGUAAGGCCUCUCAUGGGCAACUAAUGGCUACUUAUGGUAUUUCAGACCAUACGGGUGCAAAGACAAUACUGAGAUGGAUAUAGUAGACCUGGUCACAGACCACUGUAUGAAAGUAAAAAAAUAAGUUUUUACCUAUGUGAAGACAAUAAAUAAUGAUGUAAAAUGCAGCAAACACAUAAAAUGUCUAUAGAUAUAAAGUAUGUGAAUAAAAUAACAUUUUUAA